CGGUGCUCGCGGGGAACGCUGUGCUAGUAGCGUCGUUUCCGUUGCCGGCUGUUUGCAGUUGGGGAAACCGAGGCAGACUCCAGCUCCCCCUAGCUCUUCCGCUUCUGUGAGGUGGCUGCUGUUUCUUUCCUCUCGCCCCAGGCUACUUCCAUGUGGGUGUGCUGAGAGCGCACGGGGAAAAAAAAAUGUUUAUUUCUCUGUGGGACUUCUUCUAUGGGCACUUUUUUCGAUUUUGGAUGAAAUGGCUCUUACGACAGAUGACUGGAAAGUGUGAAUUGCAGCGAAUUUUUGAUACCUAUAUAGGUGCACAGAGGACACACAGGAUAGAAAAUUCCUUGACGUACUCCAAGAAUAAGGUUUUACAGGAAGCGACAUUUGUUGCUCAGAGUGAAGUGGACAAGUAUGUAGAAGAUAUAAUGAAAGAAAAGAAUAUUAACGCCGAGAAGGAUGUCAGUUUUAAAAUCUGCAUGAAGGCAUGCUUACUGCAGAUAUCUGGUUAUAAACAGCUCUAUUUGGAUGUAGAAGGUGUGAGAAAAAGACCGUAUGAUUCCGAUAACCCACAACAUGAACAGCUGCUUCUCAAGCUUUGGAAUCUUCUAAUGCCUACAAAAAAGCUGAAGGCCAGAAUCUCCAAGCAGUGGGCUGACAUUGGUUUCCAGGGCGAUGACCCGAAAACAGACUUCAGAGGCAUGGGCAUACUUGGAUUGAUCAACCUCGUGUAUUUCAGUGAAAAUUAUACCAGGGAAGCUCAUCAGAUUCUUUCCCGUUCCAAUCAUCCUAAAUUAGGGUAUUCUUAUGCAAUAGUUGGAAUCAAUCUGACAGAGAUGGCUUAUAGCUUGCUGAAGAGUGAAGCUCUGAAAUUUCAUCUCUACAACUUUGUUCCUGGUGUACCAACAAUGGAACACUUUCACCAGUUUUAUUGUUAUCUUGUCUAUGAAUUUGACAAGUUUUGGUUUGAAGAAAAGCCAGAAAGCAUUAUGUAUUUCAACAUAUAUAGAGAGAAAUUUCAUGAAAAGAUUAAAGGACUCUUACUGGAUUAUAAUGUGUCACUUACCUUAAAAAUAUGAAUCAUCCCUCAUAUCUUCUAUUUCUACCACAUUUUGCACACACAGCAGAAUUUAUAUGUUGUAGUAGAAAUUUUCUGAUCAAUUACACUACUUAUAUGUAAUUUCCUACAAAAAUUUUUCAGAAAUUCUAUUUCAGAAAGCUAGUGGACAAUCAGUGUAUGUUUACAGUUGUUUAUACACUGUUCUCCAAAGGUAACUUCUGCUUCCAAAGAUCCCCUCUGUGGAGUCAUGGGAACUACAGUUUGGAACUUGGGACUUAUCCCAUUUAAUAUAAAAGUACAAAUCAGGUACUGUAUUUGUAUUAAAUUGGUUGAUUAAAAUGUGUAAAUAUCAGUUUUCACUUUAUGUGUAGCUAUCAAGUUGGUAUCUUUGCAAAGCUCUUAAAAUGUUUUGUUGAGUUUGGACAUGAUAGUUCUGUAUUUUCUUUCCCUUAUUUGUAAGUUAAUUAGGAGGGGGAGUAGUUCUUCAUGGUUUUUGUUUGUUCGAAUCUCAGGCAGAUGUCCGUGUUGCAUCGAUUGUAGCAACGAGAGCAUAGGUGUAUCAGGAGGAGAUGCGUGGCCUCCAUUUUGGCUCGUCUGAUUAUUUAACAUCACAGAUCAUGUUAGAAUGACAGUGUUGGCGACAAGCUUUUUGGUUUUAAAACACACUUUGAAAUAUUACAAUGUUAUUUGUAAGAUUUAAGAUAUUUCCUCAUCAUGAGUCUUUGCUUUUUGUUAGUGGUAGAAAAGCACCUGAGUUAGUGCUUGGUGUAAGAG